AUGCUUUCGACUGAAUCGCUUGGGUGGAACGGGCUCCAAGCUCUCAAAUCACGCUUAUCUAACAGACUAGCAAGGUUCACGAGGAACAAAAUCCCCGACAGCCGGCCGCAUAAAUUGCAGAACGAUGCCGCAUUCUUCGAGGCCGACUUGCGACACAUCUUCACGAUAACACCUCUGAUUUUAGACGUCCCAGAGCAUGACUACUGCUAUAUGGAUCAAACGGCGCAAGAUCUUUUGGCCUCGCUAAACGAGAUGGUUAGCAGAGAUCUCAUCGGGCCUUUGGGAAGACCGAGUAGUCAAGAAUCCAAAUUGCCUGACAGCGGGCGAUUCCAGAGCUCACGUACAGCCCCUCACGACAUCACGAUACUUGGCGACAAGUACCCACGGCUGAGUGCCCUGUUCGGCUUCUUGGAAACCUCCCUAGACCAGUUCAAUUUGACGACUGGUCCAGGCUCAUUGUUAUUCAUACUGCCCCAAGGACUUGCUGGCAGUAUUGCGACCGACCACGUAGCCAAAUGGAAAACAUUCUUAGAGCAAUUUGCGGCCGGCACACCGAAAUCGCAGGGCCUUCAGUUCAUACCUGAUCAAGAGCCGGAAUUCUCGACCAAAGGGUCAACAGGAGACCAACCUGAGUUGCGCCAAAAGCGGGCGAGCAUUGUCGUAGACGCAAUAUUCAAAGAAUUUCGACAUCGCAACUGUGGAAACGCACACGAAAUCAAGCUGAGACUGUCGGAUGAAUGGCAAACUGGUCCCUGCCAAACUGCGCUGGAUAUGUUCGUUUCUUCCUGUCCGGACGGAAGUGUUUGGCAGGAAGCGAAAUUUGGCUCGUUCCAGGUGACGAUUGAUCCAGCGGAGAGGGACAGCAUAUGCGCAGCGAUUGAACGAGCAAGGCAGCGAGGUAAAAAGCUCUACGCGUUCGUUGAUGAACGAGGAUUGUUCGAUAUCUCGGAUAGGAUGCCCCCGAUAUUGUCGCCUUUGAAUAAAUUCACCGCAGAGUCCCUCGGGAACUUGCUCGAUCAAAAAGCUUUCAGUCGCAUCACCCCUCGGGACUAUCUAGACGGUGCGACACAGGAGAAAUUCGGUUCUCGGGAGAAGGCAGCGCUAGCCCUUGCACUUGCUAGAUGCCUCAUGGAUUUCUUCGACGAGGACCUUGAAUUGGCAUCGUACAGUUGGAAACCGGAAAGCAUAUAUUUCAUACGUUCUUCAGGUGGCCAUGCAAGUAACCGCGUCCCAUAUAUCUCGCUUAGGCCGAAGGCUGCGGGUCCUGGAUCCCCCGAUCUACUGAAGACAGUUGGACCUGGGAACCCCGUCCUCCUUUCAUUUGCUAGGCUUCUCCUUGAAAUUGACAAUGGCGAGCAGAUACCGAUGGAGAUCCACCCCGAAAGCAAAGCUAAUGUGUCGAAAUGGGGCGAGAUGUGCGCCUUCGUUAACAUGGCAGAAAGAGAAGGGAGUAGCAACUACCUCAAGGCCGUGGAGGGGUGUCUGUAUCUGCACAUGUCCCUGCCGAGAUCCCGAGACCAAACACCCGCCUCUGCUAGUGACGUAUUGAGGAAGGCCAUUUAUGACAAAGUAGUGCAGCAUCUUGAGCUUAUGGUGAACCCCCAAAUUUCGAAACGCAAACGUCGGGAUUCAGUGUAUACGAUUCCGCUGGCGAAGAAGCUUUCAAUCGCGUCACCAUCAGAUAUAAACACUGAUGAAGUGCUGCCCAGUUGUGCCAUCAAACUGUCCACCAAGCACAAUGCGCGCCCCGCUAGCCGCGAUAAAUUCGAGAUUGCGAUAGUGUGCGCAUUACCGCUUGAAUACGACGCUGUGUCUUUACUCAUCGAUGAAUUUUGGGACGAAGACUGCGACUACUAUGGGAGGGCCAAUGGGGAUCCCAACACAUAUACCACGGGCCGAAUUGGAAACUUCAACAUCAUACUGGUGCUUCUUCCAAACAUGGGGAAAGUCAGCGCCGCCAGCACAUCCGCCAGUCUUCGGUCGAGCUAUCCAGGAUUGAAGCUAAUGCUUGUGACUGGCAUAUGCGGCGGUGUGCCGCACCCGGAGGGAGAAGAAGAACUUCUACUCGGCGAUGUAGUCCUUAGCAAGUGCGUUGUGCAAUACGAUCUUGGCAGACGAUAUCCUGACGAGUUCGUGAUGAGGGAUACAGUAGAGGACAGUCUCGGCAGAGCCCCUAAGAAUGUGCGCAACUUGCUGGCUAUAUUCGAGACAAAUCUUGGACGUGAUAGACUCGAGAAGAUGGCUGCUACUCACCUUCAAAAAAUCCAAAAUAGCCCCUCUCGAAGACGGCGCGGAGCCAAAUACCAGUAUCCAGGAGCCGCCCAAGACAAACUCUUCCAGUCAAGCUACACGCAUAAACACCAUCUCUCCUCCCAAUGUCUUUGUACAAAAGGCCACAAGAAUUACCUCUCUAUUUGCAAGGAAGCUAAAAGGCUGUUCUGUGAUGAACUCGGAUGCGACAACAAGCACCUGAUACGACGGGAACGUCUCGAUGAGAAGCUACAGCUAGAGCGGGAAGGGCGUAACAAGGAAGCCCAAGCCCCUUCAAUAUUUGUUGGGCGCAUCGGGUCAGGCGACACGGUAGUGAAGUCUGGCGAGGAUCGUGACAGGAUUGCCAAGAGUCACGGUGUUAUUGCAUUCGAGAUGGAAGGUGCAGGAGUAUGGGACGAGGUACCCUGCAUAGUCGUCAAGGCUGUCUGUGACUACGCAGAUAGCCACAAGAACAAGAUUUGGCAAGAUUUUGCAGCUGCGACGGCAGCAUCUGUCAUGAAGGCGUUGCUAGAACGAUAUAUUCAGACGGACAAGACCUCGAGUACUUAA